GACAGACAGGCAGCGCAGUGUCAGUGCCACACAAAGCUCACCUAGCAACAGCAAAAUAAAACAUUAAAAAAAACGAUAGCGAUAGAAUCCGCGACAAAGGAAGAAGAAUAAGCAAUGGAAUACUGCUAAAUCCAAAAACGACUCUCCCUUUCUUCCGCUACGUCACGCUUGGAACGCACGCUCUCUAUUGUCCGCCGCAUGUUCCAGAUGACCACACAUCCCUUUGUCUCGCCCUCAGCCGGUCCCCUAAGACUACUAGCGACAAGGCCCGUACAGGUCUCUCUGCUCUAUCUGGCGUCACGCACUGCUAACAAAGGUUCAGUAGUACCCAGGAAUAGCAUGCCUUUGCGUACUCCAACCGUUGCAAACACCAUGUAACGCUACCUACCUACCUGCCGCAGCAACGGCCAAGGCUAGCCUGCCACUGGCCACCUGUUUAUCCAGAGACAAAGGCGAAACCAAACCAAGACCGUUUUUAGCAGAGAUUUUGUCUGGGCCAGCGUGUAUUUGCAUUGCAUUUGCUAGCUAGCGUUAGCUUUGGGCUGGGCUGGGCUGGGGGCGUGUGUGGCACCACACAUUUUCGACUAUUGGUUAGCGCAUAUCUCACACAGGUUACCUACCAUCACCAACUACCACCGCAACGAAAAGAAAAUUUCAGAGGCCAUCUGUUUCUCCUGUUCGUCAUCAUUGUAUUGCAUUGUCUUCUUCGUCUUCCCGCCCCCCCUGUGGCAACGUCGCAUCGCACUCCCUCCCCGCCACACACACGGUACAACUCCCAUCAAACGUAAUGUCUAUAUAAGUCCUCAUGCUCCCGUCAUGCGGCCUCUUUCUUCUUUACUCAACUCACUACCACCACCACCAUAAUAUAAGCCUAGCUUCAGCUCAUCUCUACCUCCUUCUACCACCAACUUCACCAAAUACAUACCGCCCACAAUGAAGACUGCUGCUCUCUUCCUCGCCGCCGCCGCUGCCACCCUCGCCGCCGCUGAGCCCCAGAAGGCCAUGCCCUCCGGCACCAAGAUCAACUGCGCCCGCCCCAACGGCUCCUACUGCAUGGGCGACGACACCAUCCUCAAGUGUGAUGGCAACGCUGAGGGCAUGCCCAUGAAGUGCGCCGACGACAUCAUGGCUAUGAGCCCCUCUGCCAAGGGCGGUGCCGCUACCUGCCGCGAGAGCUCCAAGGAGGCCGGUGAUGCCGCCUGCAUGAAGAACUGCGUCGUCUACGCCAGCCCCUCCAAGUACACUCUCGGCCCUGACCAGUGCACUCCCAGCUCUCCUGCCAGCUCCGCCCCCGGUGCCAGCUCUGCUCCCGCUAGCUCUCCCACCUCGCCCAACGGCUGCCCUGCUCCCAGCAAGCCCGCUAGCUCUGCUCCCAUGAGCUCUGCCCCCCAGAGCUCCAUCCCCGUCACCAGCCCUUACAGCAGCUCUCCCAAGUCUAACAUGCCUUCUUCCACCGGCCCCGUCACCGUCCCUACCGGUGCUGCUGCCUCCAACAACGCUGCUGGCGGUCUUGCUUUCGCCGGCAUGAUUGCUGCUUACUUCCUCUAAGCGAAGCUGCAGGCAGCUUUCCAACGGACAGGACGUGGCGAGCUUUCUUCUAGAUGAAGAAAUCCCCUGCCUGUAACCAACGAUUACGGUCACGAUAUACGAUUAUAUCUUUACCACUCUCAACUCUUUCUUUGCUUUCUGCGCAGCUCGGUCGACAAUCGACAAACCACAAUCCUUACAAUCUACAGGAAACUAUAAAAGCAAAGAAAAAAAAUUGAAAAUACAACUUGUCGCUCGAGUCGCUCAUGAAGGGAGAAGAAAAAAGACAAAACCUGAAGGAAGCGCCGUUGCUUGCCUUUGUGUACAACUUUUUUUUUUUUUUAGCUGAAGAUAGUCUACCGCUUUUUUAACUCUAAUAGAAACAAAGCCCUGUGCUUUAUUAUACCUUG